GCUGCACCACAAAGUUUCCCAUGCUCGUGUCAAUUUCCUCUACUUGUACCUUACCUGAAGACGCGCUGCUCCCUUUCCAAAUCCAUCCUAUCCCAUCAAGCUCCGUCGAUGCAUCAUUAGCUAAGGCGCGACGCAUCUCAUCCGAGCCGACGACACUUCACCCAUCGGGCAUUUGACGAAGAGCAACUACAGCGAUGACGGAUAAGCUCCCUCCUAACCUGUUGGCGCUCUUCGCGCCGCGCCCUCCUCUGCGAUGGGUUGCGCCCCCCGACCAUGCGCCUGAGGCUCGACGAACCCUCCCCGUCUCAGGACUCGCCGAGUUCCUUCCCGCGCUUCAGCAAUACAAGGAGGAGGACGAAUACAAGCCGACAGAAAGUUGGCUUCAGAUGCGCGACCGCAAGAAGCUCGAAAAGGUGGCAGCCGUUGAGAGGCUCAAGACCGAGGGGCCGAAGGACUUCAAGCCGCACGAGGACUCCAACAUUCGUGGCGACGCUUUCAAGACGCUGAUUGUUGCGCGACUCUCGUACGAGGCCAAUGAGCAAGACCUCGAGAGAGAGUUUGGUCGAUUCGGCCCCAUUGAGCGCAUCCGCAUCAUCACUGACACGCAUGCCCAUGAGAGACCGAAAAAGAAGAAGAAACCCCACCGAGGGUACGCUUUUGUAGUAUUUGAACGAGAGAAAGACAUGAGAGCUGCUCUAGAUGCCUGCGAUGGUAUUCGAAUCAAAGACCGACGUAUCAAGGUAGACGUCGAACGGGGCCGCACCGUCAAGGGCUGGGUGCCCCGCCGAUUCGGCGGCGGCCUCGGUGGCAGAGGGUACACCAAGGCUCUUCCUGCCCGUCCCAUGGGCGGCGGCGGCGGACCUGGUGGCAACUUUGGCGGUGGCUUCCGAGGAGGUUUCCGUGGCGGCUUCGACGGAGGUCGCGGACGCGGUGGCUUCAGGGGAGGCGGUGGAGGUUUUGGCGGCCGUGGUGGCUUCCGUGGUGGCGGCGACUUCGGCUCCAGGGGUGGUGACCGCGGACCAAACGGAUACGGCGCACCCAGAGACGCCCCCUCGGGACCAGGUCGCGGCUUCGGAGGUGAUCGUGGCGACCGAGGCGACCGCAGCUUCUCCGGCGGUGGGUAUGACCGUGGUGGUGGCCGCUCAUUUGACGACAGAUCCGGCGGUGGCGGCGGCGGCGGCGGUGGCUACCGUGAUGGAGGCCGUUUCGGCGAUCGGGAUCGUGACGGUGGCCGACGGACUGGAAGCAACAUGGAGCCCAUCAGACCUAGAGGGGAAGGUGGGUAUCGCGACCGGGGUGACCGCGGAGAUCGAGGCGACAGAGAGGACCGAGACCGCGGCCGAGACAGAGACAGAGAUUACGACCGACCUCGCGAUGACGACAGCAGGAAACGAGGCUACGAAGGCGGCGGCUACGAGGAUCCUCGCAAGUUGCGUCGUUACUGACGAGACACUUAGUGUCUUGCGGUGGGUGACGACUCGCUCGUCUCUUCUUUCAGUCUCUUUUCUUCUUCCCCUUCUCUCUCGAGGGUAAGCAGAAGGCGUCAAGCGCGAAACUCAAGUAUCUCCAUGUUCGGAUCAAAGGAAGCUCGAACAAUAAGCUUGGGGCAAGUAUACGCAAAUACCAGGCACGCCAGCAUCCAUAACCAGACCAUCACGCGGACCGCCAACUUCCAAUGAACUGAUUCAGCUUUUCGUUGAAAGGUA